UUGCCCCUUCCGGCCUGCCCUUGCGCCCAGACCCGGCCGCACUUCCCCGUUCCUUUCCUUUCUGAUAGAUCUAGUCUCGCGCGCUGGCGGGGUGCGAGUCCGAGAGCCUCCCCGAACGCUGAGGAGGGAAUGUGGGGCGCGCAGGAAGGGGCCGGCCGCAGCAUCAGGGCCGGCGCUGUCGUCCGCCUCCCUUUCCCCAGGCCCCGGAGCUGAGGCCCGAAACCAGAGCUCGGGGCAGCGCGGCUCCCUGGCCCCGGGCAUGGAGGCCCCGGAGGCGGCACCCGCUCAGGCUGAGGGCGCGGAGCCGGCGCCCUGGGCGCACCUAGAGGCCCCCGCCCGCCUCCUGCUGCAGACGCUGCAGGCGGAGCCCGACGGGGCGCGGCGCGGCUUGGGGGUGCUGCGGGCUCUGAGCGGCCGCGGCGGGGAGCCCUUCGGCUGGGACCGCGUCUUUGAGGCGCUGUGCCGGGAGGAGCCAGUAGUGGAGGGCCCGGACUGUCGCCUGGAGCUGAAACCACUGCUGCUGCGAUUGCCCCCGUUAUGCCAGAGGAACCUGAUGUCCCUACUGAUGGCUGUUUGGCCGUCGCUGCCCGAAAGCAGUCUCCACCCUGUGCUGCAGGUUGUGCAGCAGGAUCCAAGCCCCGACCGUGAUCCCUGGCUCCGGGCCCUUGGGGAAUUUCUGCGAAGGGAUCUGGGUGUUGGGGUCUCCACUGAGGGAGUGUCUCCACUGUCUAAAAGGUGCCAGAGACGGCUCCGAGGCCUGUGUAGGCAGCUGGGCCAAGGGGGCAGGAAGUUGAAGUUGCCCCAGGCUCCAGAUCCCGAAGGGACAAAACAGGAGGAGGACAUGGACUCCCAGCGGCCUGGGAAACGCAGAAAGGAAGCGGAGGAAGAGCCUGCCAGUCCUGAGGGGGAGAGGGCCCCCAAAAGGCUCCGGUGUUUGGAAAAGGAAGAAGAAGAAAGUCAUGAGGAAAACAGACCUGAACGUGAAUCUUUGGAAUCCCUGGCCAAUGGAGGAGGUGCAUCGUCCAUUAAGAACCAGCCUGUUUUGGGGGCUAAGCCCAGUGAGGCUGGUCAGAGUCUAGAGGAUGCUAAGGGCCUACCUGAGAGUUUGGAGUUGCCCAGAGCUAUCCAGGAACAAGUUCCCAGGCUGCAGCAGCUGCUCAAGACCCUCGGGAAGGGGUUGGAAGGGCUGGAGGGCACCCCACCAGUUGAGCUGCAGCUUCUCCACGAAUGCAGUCCUGGCCAGGUGGACCUGGUGUGUGCCCAGCUGCAGCUCCCACAGCUCUCGGACACAGGUCUCCUGCAGCUCUGCACCUGGCUGCUGGCCCUUUCACCAGACCUCAGCCUCAGCAAUGCUACUGUACUGACCAGGAGCCUCUUCCUUGGACGGAUUCUCUCCCUGACUUCCUCAGCCUCCCGCUUGCUCACAACUGCCCUGACCUCCUUCUGUACUAAGUACACCUACGCCGUCUGCAGAGCCCUCCUUGGCCCUGUGCUCCAAGCCCCAGGAAUAGGUCCAGCUCAAACAGAGUUACUGUGUUGCCUUACAAAGGACGAGGCCCUGGAGCCGGACAUGCAGGCUCUAAUGCUGGGACAGAUCUUGGAGCUGCCCUGGAAGGAAGAGACUUUCUUGGUGUUGCAGUCACUCCUGGAGCGGCAGGUGGAGAUGCCCUCUGAGAAGUUCAGUGUGUUGAUGGAGAAACUCUGUAAAGAGGGGCCAGCAGCCACCACGUCCAUGGCCUAUGCCAAGCUCAUGCUGACAGUGGUAACCAAGUAUCGGGCCAAUAUCAGUGAGCCCCAGAGGCUGGGCCUGGCUGCAGUUCUGGAGCUCAAUACCACUUUCCUGAAGAAGUCCCUGCAGGCCGCCCUGAGACAGCUGGCCCCCUGACCAUCCACCAAGGGACCACCCUCCCGGACCUCCCUCAUCAGAUUCCCGAAGGACACUUCUGCCCUGAGCACCUCAUCCUGCCCCUUGCCUGGGGGUCAGGGCUGAGCCUGGCCAUCCCAGGGGUCAACUGUCUCCCUGCUCCAGGCUGCAGAGAGGCCAUCUGGGCCUCCCAGCCAGCAGGAAGGGUCUGGGGCUAAGGGGGCUGGGUGAGUUGUAUUACCAAGAGCUGCUGAGCCUGGGCUGCCUCCUUGUCAUUUCUACCUCAGGCUGUGGGGACAGACACUUUAAGAUAGGCAUCAGACUUCCUUGAUGGUCCAGCGGUUAAGACUCUGCACUUCCAUUGCAGGGGACGAGGGUUGCAUCCCUGGUUGGGGGAGUUCCGCAUGCCGUGAGAUGUGGCCAAAAUAUAAUAAUAAUAAAUAAAAUAGGAGUUAAGAUAGGCCUCAGUAGGGUCAAAGCAGACCCAGAGUGGACGACAGUGAUGCUCCAGGAGCCCCGGGAGAUCUGUAUGUUUAGCACAGAUCUCUUGUGCUCAAGUGUAUGUUAUGAUCCUCUGUGUUGUUUCUGACUUAAAUAAUAAUUUAUCAGUGGUAUUUCAUAAAAAGGAAGUUCAGUAAUGUUUUAUUAGAAGCAGUGCCUGCCUUCCUACUAACUCUGGGUGUUAGCUGAAAACACAUACCACGCCAUCCCCACCCUGCUCUGUGACAGGGGCAUCUUUUUCCAAGGGAAAUGUUCGGUGAGGGGAAGGUGGUAGAGUUCUGUGGGCCAGAUCAUGUAUGAUACCACCCACCCCAGCCCUAUCAGAGCUGUUGAGUACAUGGGUGGGCUGUGCAUCCUGCACUGGGGAGGGGGGCUUGAGGGUGAGAGUGACUCAGCCUGGAGUUGGGGAAGACUUUUGGGCAGAUGAUGGCUUUUGAGGAGGGAUCUGAAGGGCUCCUGGGAUUACUGUGAGCAGAGAACAGGGUGAGGCCUAUUGGACAGGAAAGACAGAAAGGGUGGGCAAUACUGUGGGCUUGUGUGUUCUACAACUAUAUUCCCACAGCACUUAGCUAGGCGCCUUGUUCAUAGUAAACACUUAACCUGGGGA